GAGAGCAGGGGAGGUGAGCGUGCCACUGCCUGUGCUGUCUCAGCUCUCAUGCCCAGCUCACCACCCUCAGGCGUGCAGCUGCAUGAUCAGCACUUGCUGAUCAACUCCUGGCUUUCAAGGUUAAAAGAGAAAGGUAAAGAAGAAAAAAAUUCUGUGCCGCUUUAAAGGAACACCACGCAUCUGGCAAAAUUUUGAGAAGGCUCAAGGCGUUAAAGAAAGCUCAUCUAAAUAAAGGAGGGUUAACGUGACAUUGCAGUUACUUAAUCCUGUAUUGUCCUGCCAUGUGACUGCAGGGAUACUGAGGCGCAGCCUUUCUUUUGCCUGGUGCACAGAUUAUGCUUUUCCUGUCAUCUUCCAGAAUCAGUUGCUUUGUUGAACACACCAUGGGAGAGAAACAGAGGGGCAGCAUACUUUUUACAGCAAGGCUUCUGCACACAGCGACAUUUCCAAGGUACAGUGACAAGCUCACAGGCUGAAGAAUGAAUCAAAGGCAAUCCCUACAGUCAGCUUUUGGACUUUUACCAGAAUCAAGGAGAGCUACGCUCUUAAGGUGGCAUCACGAGGACAGCAGAGAAGAUGAUGGGCACCCGGAGUGCCAUGGAGGAAAUGAAGAGGGCCAACAGCACAGGCUGACCCCAUUUGAGAAACUAAUGCAGGAUAUGGCUCAUAAUGAAAAAGUGGUGAAAGAAUUAACCCUCGGAAAGAGAAUUGCCUUCUAUCGAGUCAGAGGAGAAAUAGGAAGUGGGAAUUUCUCACAAGUGAAGCUUGGAAUUCAUUCCCUAACCAAAGAGAAAGUUGCAAUAAAGAUUUUGGAUAAGACGAAGCUAGACCGGAAGACUCAACGUUUGCUGUCUCGUGAGAUAUCCAGCAUGGAAAAGCUGCACCACCCAAAUAUCAUCAGGCUGUAUGAAGUGGUGGAGACACUCUCAAAACUGCACCUGGUGAUGGAGUAUGCAGGAGGAGGGGAACUCUUCACUAAAAUUAGUACAGAAGGAAAGCUGCUAGAAACAGAGUGUAAAAUAAUCUUCUCCCAGAUUGUGUCUGCUGUGAAGCAUAUGCAUGACAAUAAUAUCAUUCACCGGGACCUGAAAGCAGAAAAUGUCUUCUACGCCAGUAACACCUGUGUUAAGGUGGGAGACUUUGGAUUCAGCACAGUAAGUAGAAGAGAUGAAACUUUAAAAACUUUCUGUGGCUCUCCUCCUUAUGCCGCUCCUGAACUCUUCCGAGAUGAAAACUAUAUUGGCAUUUAUGUAGACAUCUGGGCACUGGGAAUCCUCUUAUACUUCAUGAUGACAGGUAGCAUGCCAUUCCGGGCAGAUACAGUAGGCAAACUGAAGAAGUGCAUUCUUGAAGGGACAUACACCUUGCCUCCCUGCCUCUCAGAAAAUUGCCAGAAACUGAUAAAAGGAGUCCUUCAGCCAGUACCAACCAAGCGAUACUCUGUCAAACUGAUUAUGAACAGUGAGUGGAUGCAAGGAAUACAGUUUCCCAAACCCUUACAGACAUUUAAACUGGAUCCAAAGUAUUUAUCAGACAUCAGUACACUCAAAGAAGAAGAAAUUGAAGUGAAAAAUAUUCUGGAAGAUCUGGGAAUCACAGAACAGCACAUUAAAAACAACCGGGGAAGAGAUGCGCGCAGCUCCAUAACGGGGGUCUACAGAAUUGUGCUGCACAGAGUACAAAAGAAAAGGGCACUGGAAUCUGUUCCCAUCAUGUCCCAGCCAGAUCCAAAAGAAGACGACUCGAGGAAUGGAAUCACUUCUUACAGUGGCAUUAAACACACAUCCAAGCUGUGUUCUAUUUUAUAAAAUUGCACUGCAGCCUUUAUGCUCAGCACAUUUGACAAAGGGGAUUAUUCACUUAUCCUUAAGAUGUAGUGUUACUUUUUUUUUGUAAUUUUUGAAUAAACCAAAAAUGCCUCAUUAUUUUUGCAUUUCUCAAUUGACAGUGAAGCAUUCAAAAACAGAGCUCUCGUGCACUUGCUUUGUCUUUCUUCAGACACUUGGUGUAGCCAGUGCAAGAACCCAGUAACUGAAAAGACCAUGAGUGGAGGGGAUCUUUUAAUAAAGACCAUGCUACUGUACUUAACCCAUUUUGGAGUUUCUCUGCACAGGCAUGUAACAGCUAACUUCUGAAAAGCUGUACCUAAGCUCAACACAGCUUUACCACUGCAAACAGGACAGUUUUUGCAGAGAACUAAAUUUAAGCAGAGACCAGACUAUAAUCUAAACAAUUGCAAAUUCUGCUUUUGAACUUCCUCAUCAAAUUUAACAAGUUAAUUUUUAAAAAGUGUUUUCUUUCAAAAAACAUCAAAGCUGUUGUUGGCUGCAGUUCCCAACUUGUCAUGAUUCCAGAUAUGUUCAGGAUGACAGUACAAAUCAGGAUUCAGUAUUUUAACCCUGCACUUGUGGGUGCCUGACUGGUUGGGCUACCAUCAAUUACCCUUCUGAUGCCUUCCACUGCUUGCACCAUUCUGCCAGUUUGUAACUGCUUGGACUCCAGCUGCACUCCAAUAAAGAAAGAUUUAAGCAUACUCUAAAACCCAUGUAGUUUUUAGUUCUUGCCUUAGCCCUUGUUACCAGUAGCUGAAUGCAAGCAGCAGCAAGAUCUGCUUAUAUUCACUGAGCAUUACAGGCUUGUCCUCACUGCUUUGACAAGGCUGGCAGAAAGCUGAUUCUGACAUUUGUUCACUGCAAGUUAAAAUCUGGGCAGUCUCAUAGCUCCAGUUGUUCUGAGCAUCACCAAAAUGCAGAUACUCUUAUUUUCAGCUUUAAUUGCUUAUUCUAUGCUUAGAUCUUUAACAGCAUUAACUCCAGUUCAAAAGGCAAGUGUGGCAGCAGUUCUCUGAACAGGGACAGCUGAGAUGCCUAAGAGAUAGAACCCAUGAGUUUAGUUAAGGUAAGAUACUCAACACGAGGUGUACACAGGUACAGCUGGUGCUUUCACAUUUAAAGGCAGGAUGCCUUAUAUGUUUGGCACCUUUGACAAUCAUUUCACUUUAGAGGGAAUAAUUAAUAUAAAUGAGCAAUGGAAUGACUAAAAAGUCACGCAUGGGAAACUGGACUCGGUGAGGUUCAGGUGUGUACAAAGCAAGAACCAAGCCUCCAUCGAAGAAUUUCUGAGAGUAAUAACACCAAUUUUUAUAAAACAGUAAUUAAAAUUAAUCCCAUUUCAUAAAGUGAGUAUUAAUUCCUCAACUCUAAGCAGUUUCCAUGUAAAAGCAUUUUAACUGAUCUUGAAACAUGGCUCUGACUUUCAUAGUGGAAUGAUACCAAGAAGAAAGAUGCAAAAUGCCCACACAGCUUGUGAACCCACAACUUUGGGUUUUUACCAGAGACAGCUUUGUCUUUCCUGUUAAAGAAAAAGAAAUCCAUCCUAAAAACCAACAAGUCAGCACUACUCCAACAGGUUUCAAAUAUUUCAAACUUUAUUUUAAUAAAGGAUCAGCCUCACAGACCUGUGAGGCCUGUGCCAGUAGCUCACUUCUUGGCUUGUCCACUGCCAGCAAUGGACUUUGUUCCGUGACAGUUUGUUUUACAGGUGCCAAAGUUAAGUUUCAUGAGGGCAACCUAAACCAAAAUACUUGCAAACACUAUCAUCAUGCAUUGCUCCAUCAUUUUCAGCAGAACAAACAGAUUAGUAUUCAUCAAUUUAUAAUAAACAACUAUUUUACCAAGGCUUGACUGUACAAAUACAGCAAGUUAUCAAAUCCUAGUGAGUGACUGGUAAUACAAACACUUCAUUACACACACACAAAAAAAUGUAACUAACAGAAAUAAUUUUUGCUACUUUAUAUUAGAUAAUGUAGCUUUGUAGAAUUAGCAAAGAAAUAAAUUCAAUGAAACUUCAUUCUGUACAUUAGCUCAACUUAAAUAUAUAUAUAUAUAUAUAUGUAUGUAUGUAUAUAUAUAUAUAUUACAAGCUUAAAAGGCUCAUAUCAUAGUUCAUUUCCAAUCUGGGCUUUAAAAAUCUACCAGAAUGGACUCCCCAUAACCACUGUAUAUCUAUCUACUGCUUGCAAAAUGGAUAGCUUUAGCUUGCACGUUAGGGAAUUGGGGAAAGAAAUAAAAGACUCCACUCCUACAGUAUUACAGUAUUAUAGUGAGAAGGACUUCAACGUACAAAGCCAAAUUCAAAGCUAGAAAGAGUCUUUUGGAAAUGUAUUAGAUAAAGACAACUAAUAGGCUAGAGUUCCAGACAAAGUGAUGAACAUCACUCUCUUCCUUUGUUUGCCGAUUAAAACAGCUCCACAGUACCUCUAAAUUUUAUUUGAAAAUUCUGCUGUCUUGGAUAUUCUACUAAACAUAAUGGAUUCAUUAUGAUGCCAAAUCAAUUAUCCCCUUUCUAUAGAAUUAAAAAUUUACUACCUCCCUUCUUCUUCAUCUUUUCUCCCAGUCUCCUGUGACUCAAAAUGCAGGUA